AUGUUACGAGAAGGCAUGCCGUCCGUCGGAAGGCGGCGUCCACUUUCGCCUAAAAAUAAGCAACUGCUUGCCGUCUGCCUGUGUGUACUGCUUUCCCUACCAGAAGCCGCCCUCGGCAGAAAGGUGGCCUUGUCCCGCGUAACGAAACCGACCGGACAUCGUGGUUACGCGAAUGCGGACAUUGCCAAGCUAAGCUAUUCGCCGAGCCAUUCGGCACCGGCCUCGGCAGCGAAACCUGCCGCACCCGUGUACUCUUCGGCGCCUGUCGCUCCACCGGCCGGAGCUCCACACUUCCCACCGGCGGGUGGUGGUGGUGGUGGUGCUCCACCAUCGUACGGUUGGAAUGUUCCUGGUGCGCAUGGUGCUCCUGGGGCAGCUGGUGGAGUCUAUCCCGGAGCGGCAGCUGCAGGAGCUGCUGGAACGGGCCUAGUCGCGAGCAAUGUGUAUCGUUCCCAUGGACACAAUGCAACGGGUGGUGGAUUCGGUGGUGGUUUGGCACACUCCCCUCCGGGAGCCUAUCCAUCCUAUCCGGCACAACCCGCUCAAGGAUUCCCGGGAGCACCGGUACAGCAUCCGGGAGGUGGAUUCCCGGCACCAGCGUAUCAACCUCAGCCGGGUGGAUACGUCCCACAGCAGCCGGGUGGUUUCCCGCAUCAACCUUCAUACGUACCCGGAGGACAUUACGAUCAGGGUCAACCUCACUACCAGGGCCAUCCAGGACAGACGGUUGUGCAUCACUACGAGCAGCCGUCGAGUGGUGGUAGUGGCAUCGGAACGGUUCUCGGAGCUGGUGUAGCUGGACUGGCCGCCGGUGUUGGUGGUGCCGCCCUGUACGAUGCGCUGAAACCGAAAGACUCCAAGGAAGAACCGGCGGCAGCGACUACCGCUGCUACCACGACGACUGGUGCUUCGGCUGCUCCUGGUGAGACUCCUGCUCCCGCACCCAUUAACCCCAACGGUGACGCUCCUCUAGCCCCACUACCGGCAAACCCCAACGGUGAUGUACCACUAGCCCCACUGCCAACAGAGGCCACACCACUGGCAACAACCGCAGUGGCAGAGGGUGACAGCACCACCUCAACAACGAUUGCCACCGGAAGCAGUUCAUCCGAUAACCCGCUCGGUCUGGCACCACUUGCCCCAAUGCCUGAUUCAUCUCCUGCAACUCCGGCCGACGGUACACCUAACGUAUCCGGAUCGGACGUAGAAGUACGCCAUUCGGCCCUUAACGUACAGCCCGAUCUGUCCGCCUCGAUGGCAGAGCCUGCGAGCGGUGGAGCUACCGGUACCGUGCAUCUUUCUUCCGCCAUUUCGAUGAUCGCCCUAUUGCCGGUGAUUGUCAAGUAUCUCCGUUUUUAGGACCUAA